AUGCAUUUCAUCCGACCGGCGUGGCUGACGCACAGCGGCGAGCAGAAGGACUUCGAGGUCUACUCCUGUCACGUCUCGCCCGAUGGAAGCCGUGUCGCGACGGCGGCCGGCGAUGGCCAUGUGCGCAUCUGGAGCAUGGAGGCUAUCCGCAAUGCGGCGAAUACAGAGUACAGGGGCCCGAAGCAGCUGUGCCAUAUGAGCUACCAUAGUGGCACAAUUCAUACGGUCAGGUUUAGCCCCGAUGGCCGCUGGCUGGCUAGUGGCGCCGACGACAAGAUUAUUUGCGUUUAUCACUUGGAGAAAGAGCCCCCGGCGCAUGGGGCAAGUUUCGGCACCAACGAACCUCCGCCAGUCGAAAAUUGGAAGAUCCUCAGACGUCUCAUCGGACACGAUAACGACGUGCAAGACCUAGCAUGGUCCUACGACUCCUCGAUCCUGGUGUCAGUUGGCCUCGAUUCCAAAAUCGUGGUGUGGUCCGGUCAUACGUUCGAGAAGCUGAAGACCCUUUCCGUGCACCAAAGUCACGUCAAGGGCAUCACCUUCGACCCCGCGAACAAAUACUUCGCAACGGCGAGCGACGACCGCACCAUCAAAAUCUUCCGCUUUACAUCCCCCGCGCCGAACGCCACGGCGCAUGAUAUGGUGAAUAAUUUCGUCCUCGAGCAUACCAUUGCGAAUCCGUUUAAAUCGAGCCCUCUCACUACAUACUUUCGUCGCUGUUCGUGGAGUCCGGAUGGGAACCAUAUCGCUGCUGCGAACUCGGUCAAUGGACCUGUCAGCUCUGUGGCGAUCAUUAAUCGCAGUCUGUGGGAUAGCGAUAUCGCGCUCAUCGGCCAUGAGGGCCCGGUAGAGGUGUGUGCGUUUGCUCCGAGAUUGUUCAGCCCCAAGGCGCAAGGGCCGGAGGAUACGGAUGCCAAUGGCUUCAGUACGCAGCCUUUGACAUCUGUGAUUGCCUGUGCUGGUCAGGAUAAGGCGUUGACGGUUUGGAAUACGAGCACGUCGAGGCCGCUGGUCAUUGUACAAGACCUUGCUCAAAAAUCUAUUUCCGAUCUUGCCUGGACACCGGAUGGACGGACCCUGGUCGUCACUAGUUUAGAUGGGACUAUCCUUGCUGUUGCCUUUGAACUCGGAGAUCUGGGCUAUGUGGCUCGGAUCGAGGAGAAUGACAAGGUGUUGCAACGCUUCGGCGUUGGCCGGAAGGGCGUGGGCGUUAUUGAAGACGUCGCAGGUCUUCGUCUAGAGGAGCGGAGUAGAGCCGGAGAACUUCGCGGAGCUGAAUGGAGGAUGGGUGCGCUGAUGGGCGAUGGAGCUACUGAGGCGCGCCCGGAAAAGAACGAGGUUUCGGUCACAAACGGUGAUAGCAAGGCUGCUGAUAGUAAGGGGGCUUCAACGCCUGCAACAAAUGGGACGGACAAAGAUGCCGCGCCUACACCGCCGGCAGAGGAGACGAAUGCUGCCAAGAUCGAAGCAAUGAAGAAGAGAGUAACGAUCACGAAGGAGGGAAAGAAGAGGGUAGCUCCCCUCUUGGUAUCAUCCUCUGGCACCGGGCAAUCUUCACUACCGCAAUCCCAGCUCAUGGCAGCAAGCUCAAGCAACGCCAUAGGUGAAGCCCCCCAAUCCAUCCUCGACCUCUCCAAGCCCUACGACGGCCUCCCCUCCGGCGGCCUCGCAUCCAUGCUCCUCGGCAACAAGCGCAAAGCCGUAGUCCUCGAAGGCGGCGACGACGACGAAACCGGUAGCAAACGCGUCAACGGCACCAGCACCAACGGCACCAUCCCGAUCAUGCGCAACGGCGUCGACGGCGUCGAACCCGCCACCGCAACACCCACCCGCGGCCAGGAAGUAACCCCCGAAUUCAUCCGCCCCGCCGUCGUGGACCCCGUCAUGUCCGUCUCGCAGACGCGCCUCUCCGUCCCGAAAGUGCGCACGCACAUCCUCCGCUCCCUCAACCGUGGUGGCCUGCCUACCACGAAACCCCUCUCCAAUGGCGCAGCACCUGACGACGCCGCGAAAAAUGCGGACGAUGUCAUAUUCGAAGCCCGCAAUGACGCGCGCACAGGCGCACACGCCAAUGAACCUACACGUAUCACAGCCCUCAAGCGCUCCGCAGUUCUCUGGCAAGACUUCCUCCCCCGCCCCGUCCUCCUCGUAACAGGAAACAAGAACCUCUGGGCCGCCGCCUGCGAAGACGGGUCCCUCUACGUCUGGACCCCCGCCGGCCGCCGCCUCCUCAACGCCCUCGUCCUCGAAGCCCAGCCCGUCAUCCUCGAAUGUCGCGGGUGGUGGCUCCUCUGCAUCACGGCGGUGGGAAUGUGUCACGUCUGGAACAUCCGUACGCUGUCGUCGCCGCAUCCGCCUGUGUCGCUCGCGCCGGUGCUGGAUGCGGCGGUGAAAUCGCUGUCGGCGCAUACGGUGCCGGGGCCGGGGAUUACGUCCGCGCAUCUGAAUUCGACGGGGAAUAUUGUGGUUACGCUCACGAAUGGAGAUGGGUUUGCUUAUGCGCCUGCGCUGUAUGUGUGGCAGCGCCUCAGUGAGGCUUGGUGGGCUGUGGGGUCGCAGUAUUGGAAUAGUAAUGAUUCCUCUGUGUCUGCUCUGCAGAGCACUGCCGUCGGCGGGCCGUCUACCUCUUCCGCGCCCGAGACGCUGGUGUCUGCUGGUAUAAUCCCGCACUUGGAGCGCCAUACAACGGCGGAAGUACUGCUCAAGGGGCGCGCAUACAUGCUCCAGCGCCUCGUCAAGGGUGUGUUACCGCGCCCUGGCUUCGAGAGGUUCGAAAGUGCAGUUAGUGUCGCGCAUCUGGAGAAUCGGGUGGCGGGUGCCCUGGGGCUGGGGGCGAGGGACGAGUUUAGGUUGUAUCUGUAUAUGUAUGCGAAGCGUCUCGGAGCGGAGGGUGCGAAGGGGAAGGUGGAAGAGCUAUUGAGGGGGUUGUUGGGGGGGAUUCUUGAGGGCGGGGAGGGGGAGGGGGAGGGGAAGGGGUGGAUGGCGGAGGGGGAUACGAUUUGUGGGUGGGAUCGGAGGGAGUUGUUGAAGGGUGUUGUGUUGAUUCUUGGCAAAUUCCGCGACCUCCAACGCGUCACAGUCCAGUACGCCCGCGUCCUAGACAUGGUAGACGACGAGGACGCGAUGGAGUCUACUUGAGCUUACUUAUCGUUUCCACUGGAGUUUGCACGGGUCCUGGUUUUGCUUUGCUAGGUUGCUCUUUUUCUUUUGGGGUGGGAUGAUGACUGUUGUACGAUAUCACAAUGAGUUUUUUUUUUGGUGCGGGCCGGGGGGGGAUGAAAUGGAAUGACUUGUAUUUUUUUGGACGGGCGAUAAGGGGGGGGUAUUGAUAGCUGGCUGUAUAUCGCUGGGGAUUAUGGGGAAUGAGAGAUAAUUUAAUUGCAGUCACAUUAUCACUCG